AUGAGCUCCAGAAAGCCUCCGCUCGCGGCCGCUUUGGCAGCGCGUGCGUGCGUCAACUGCCAGAAGCGCAAGAGCCGGUGCGCACGCAGCAACAUUGCUGGCGAGCCCUGUGCCUACUGCUCCCGCGCCGGCAAGGCAUGCAGCUUCCAAGAACCGCCACGUCGGACCGCUCUGACCCGGGAUAAUCUCACUGCCGCCCAGCUCGAAUGCUCACGCCUCCGCCGUCUGGUCCGGGCUCUACAGCCGGACCUCGACAUUGACGCCGCCCUGCUUGAUCAUUCCAGUACGCCAGAGACAUCCUCCAUCGCCAACACUGCCAGCAUAAACGUCCAAUCCUCAUCCCGCGAGCCUGCUUAUUGGGUCGAAGAGAGGCAUGGCUUCGAAUGGCACGAGGGACCAGACUCCCCUGCGAUCGAUGAGGAUGGCAGCUCACCUGCGUUGAGAGAAGAUGGCAUGGCUCUAUUCCCUACUGCCAACUCGGGCUACCUGGGCAGCAGCUCUGGCUCCGACCUGAUCAAAGACAUUGCGCCAUUCCUUCCCACACCCUUUCCGACCUCGACACAGGGGUUCAGCCACUCUCUCCCUAGCCCAAAGGCAGAUGAGUCUCUUUCCUCGCAUGCGAUGCAAAGCCGCCUCGUCGAUGCCUACUUCGUAUACUACAACACCUCCUUCCCGAUCCUGCAUGAGAAAACAUUCCGCGAGCAGCUGGCUAGCCAGCAUCGGCCGCCAUCAACCUCAAUAUGGCGUGUUGUUCACCGCAUGGUGCUGGCCAUCGGUCACUGGAUAUCGACAACCAACAGGUCCGGGGACCUCUCGCCUUACUACGCUGCCGCGCGCUCUCGUCUCUCUGUUCAAGCCCUCGAGUCAGGCACAAUGGCAACCGUCCAGGCCUUUCUAUUAAUGGGCAAUUACCUGCAGAAGAAUGAUCGUCCAAACACAGCGUACAAUUUGAUUGGCAUCGCUCAUCGAAUGGCGUUGGGGCUGGGCCUUCACCGUGAGCCUCUACACCCGAGCAACGAUUUACUUCAAGAGCGGCGUCGGCAAUUGUUCUGGAUCACGUUCUGCUUCGACUGCGGCUUCAACAUCACAACGGGUCGUCCCUCUUCCCUGUAUGAAGGGGUCGUGGAUUGUCGGCUUCCCCAAAACAUUGACGAUAGAGAGGUUAAUUUGAACUCAUCAGCACCAGACGCCGUCCAAGUGCCGACAACAUACUCCGCACUGAUUGCGCAAUCGGAACUAGUACGACUUUCCGCCACAAUAUACACUGAAUUCCUUCAAGCAAAGACUGCCAAUACCAAGAUCGAAUACCAGGUUGCCGAGGCCAUGGAUCAGCAACUGAAGCACUGGCGAAAUGCCCUUCCCACAUAUUUCACUUCGCCCAAUGUGCCGACUUGGUUUCUAGGCCCGCGUGCAAUUGUCCUAUGGAAGGAACAAAAUUUACGGAUACUGCUGUGGCGCGGUAGCAAACCUAGACACGGCUUCCUUGCCCACAAAAUCACCGCUGAGAGUCGAUGUCGGGACGCGGCGAUGCAGACCAUCCAUGACAUCGCGUCUUUCUGUACAAGCAAUCCUGGGAUCAUGCACUUGGGCAUUACAUGGUAUGCCACAUACUUUUUGUUCCAAGCUGCACUCAUUCUCGAGGUUGGUCUUCCACGAGAGAAUCCGAACGACACAUUUCAUCAAGAUAUGCCUGAUUUGUCUGGAGCAGAUGAUAAAGGAGCUUUGGAGAUCAGCGUUGCGGCAGCUCGAAACUGUCUAGCCAUGCUCGGGCCGAGUAACAUCUCCGCCAAACGCUGUCAAGACCUUCUCGAACGCGUCCACGAACUAUCUACCCAGAUGCGGAAUUCUCAGGUGCAAGGCAUUCAGCAGCUACCUUCGCAGGCGAAUGUCGUCCCCUCGACAACGAGUGAGAGGGCUCCGGGCAGUGGCGAAGAUUUCCCUUCAGCAUCUCCACCUGGAAUAUUCUCUUACCCGGACUUUGGCGCAAAUGACGAGUUUCACCUAGCCUUUGGUGACUUUGCAGCCGACCAUACGCUACGCAUGCUGAUAGACCAGACCUAUGCAGAUAUUCUUGGCGCUGGCCAUCUCAAUGACAUCUUCCAGGACGGUGUGACCAGCCAGAACGCCUCCAGGUGA